AUGGCAAAGAUUACUUGGCAAGCAGUGUUGUAUCGUGCUUUAUAUCAGAUGGAAUUAGCAUUUAAAGAUGUUAUAGACAAGGUUGUUUUAGAAAAUGUUGGUCAUGCUUCCACUUUAGAAUAUGGUUUUAAGAUGCCAUUAUUGCAGCGUGAUUUUACCAAGGCAAUUAAUGUAUUUAAAGAAAAUUUAGAAAAUAACAUUUUGGGUAAAAAACAAAAAACGGAUUUUAAUAUCCUUGUCAGUGGAGGAGCUCCAGGGAUAGAUUUUGGGAAUGGAUGUCCACUUGAUAAUACUGAUUAUGGACUUUCUUCAUCAAUCAUGCCAUACAUCAAAUGCUUCAACAUUGAUGCUGUGUUUCAGAGCAUUGCUGAACAUUUAGAAUCUGCAACUCUUUAUUUCUUUAAAGAUAUGGUCAAUGAACUUGCAACAUUUAUGAUGAAUAGACUAGAAGCAUUUGUUCAAAUAUUCCUUUCAGGAACAGCUCCACAAGUUGUCAUUUCAGCUAAGGAGCCAUCUAGAGUUUCAUUUCAUUUUGUUGAAUGUCCAUUGUUAUCAAUGGCAUCUAUGAUUAAGAUUGUAGAUCACUUUGCAGAGUCAUGUAAUGCAGAAAAAUUUGAAUGUGGUGAAUAUAAAUGGAAGCUAUGUAGACCAUUUCUUUAUCUUUUGGGGGACACAGGAGGAUUGCCUUGUGCAUUAGACAAGGAUGUUAAUAUAAUCAUUUGA